ACCUCAUCCUGCUCCCGCAGCUCCAGCAUGACGCUCUGGCUCUGCAUGAUGCUGCGGUCGCUCACCUGGGCAUAGAGGAUCACCACCUCCACCCCGUUGUGCAUGAUGUGCAGGGUCUCCUCGCCUGUAGUCUGAUGCCCGUCCCACCCUGCCAUGAGUCUAUGAGCCCGCUCCGGAUCAGCGUGGGUGGUCUGCCUGUCCUCGCGUCCAUGACCAAGGGGGCUGACCCCCGCUUCCGACUGCGCUGGAAGGCCAUCGUGCUGUCAUCAGCCUUCGUGGGGUUUGUGCUGCUGCUUUUCUGCCUGCACCGGUCCUCUCCUGCCCGGCCCAGCCCACCCAAUCCUCACAACUGGCAGCUCAGCCUGCAGGCAGGGGACCGCUACAAUGACACCUACCCACUGUCCCCACCGCAGAGAAAUCCCGAGGGCGUGCGCUACCGCAUCGGAGUCAUCGCAGACCUGGACACGAAGUCCCGGAGCUCUGAGGAGCACACCUGGUUCAGUUACCUGAAGAAGGGCUACCUGGUGCUGUCGGACAGUGGGGACAGUGUGACAGUGGAGUGGGACAAGGACGAGAGCGUGCUGCAGUCCCACCUGGCUGAGAAGGGCAGGGGCAUGGAGCUGUCCGAGUUGGUUGUCUUCAAUGGGAAGCUGUAUGCAGUGGAUGACCGGACAGGAGUGGUCUACCAGAUUGAGGGCAACAAGGUGGUGCCCUGGGUGAUCCUCCCAGAUGGGGAUGGCACAGUAGGGAAAGGCUUCAAGGCAGAGUGGCUGGCAGUGAAGGAUGAGCACCUCUACGUGGGGGGACUGGGCAAGGAGUGGACCACAACGACAGGGGAGGUGGUGAAUGAGAACCCUGAGUGGGUGAAGGUCAUUGGCUACAAGGGCGAUGUGGGCCAUGAGAACUGGGUGGCCAACUACAACGCACUGAGGGCUGCAGCAGGCAUUCGCCCCCCAGGUUACCUGAUCCACGAGUCUGCCUCCUGGAGCGACACGCUGCAGCGCUGGUUCUUCCUGCCGCGCCGCGCCAGCCACGAGCGCUACAACGAGCAGGCGGACGAGCGGCGAGGCACCAACCUGCUGCUGAGCUCCACCCAGGACUUCGGGGACGUUAAGGUGGGACGUGUGGGUGAGGUGGUCCCCACUCACGGCUUCUCUUCCUUCAAGUUCAUCCCGAAUACAGACGACCAGAUCAUUGUGGCGCUGAAAUCAGAAGAGGACAACGGCAAGGUCGCCAGCUACAUCAUGGCCUUCACGCUGGAUGGACGCUUCCUCCUGCCUGAGACCAGAAUCGGGAGUGUGAAAUAUGAAGGCAUUGAGUUUAUUUAACUGACAUUUGCACCGGACUGGAGGGACGUGGGAGGCUGCGGGUGCUGGGCAGCCCUUGCUAGCAGUGCUCCUGGCUGGGCACAUGCCCUGGGCUCGGUGGAGGGAUGCUGAGCAGCAAUCCCAGCUCUGUAGCUGGCCUUUGCGUCUUCAGUAAAGCGUUGGCCUUGUC